UUGUUUUAUGAGGCCUACAUCUUAAUGAUCAUUGGACAAAAACAGAUUGACUCAUUCCGUAUCAUCAAGCGUCACUUUGAAGGCGAUGGAGCUGCUCGCGGACGCAGCUUGGCAAUGGCGCCCCAAGGCAACACUCACAGCUGCAGACACAUGUGACAGUUGCACCGUGUUUGCGUUGCACUAUAGUGACUGCUCAGUGCUCCGAGUGCGUUGGAAUGAUAAUUCACCGACAAGCUCCAGAUUUCUGGAUUCUCAGACGGACUUAGAGCCGCAAGAGAGAGAUCUGGAGCUGCAUGGGCACGCCAAGCGCAUCAUAUGCGUCAAGAUACACCACAAAAAUGAACCCCUUGCGACUAUUUGCUCGGCAUCUCGAGAUUGUGUUAUGGUGUGGCAUAUUGCAGGGAAAUCUCGCGUAAAGCAAUCCGUUUUGGUGGAGAGCCUGCCAGCAGAGCCGGGCUGGGUCACAUUUGAUGAUACUGGUACUUUAGUGGCAGUGGCAAGUGAACGGGAUGUUAAGAUUUUCGUCAUAGAGCGGAAGGAGGUGCUGGUCACUCUGGAAGGCCACCUGGCACGAGUAACGCGAGGCGAGUUUCACCCAAUUCACCAUCAUUUGUUGAUCACUGCCUCAGAAGAUCGUACAUUCAAGAUAUGGGACCUUGCAGCGAGAGCACUGUGGUUUCAAUCAUCGGUGUUGUCAGCGUUUGCGAUUCUAUCCAUCGCAUUGAAUCCUGUAAAUGGUGACGCUGCCUUCGGUUUUGCGGACGGGUCUGUCAAGGUGUUUGAAUUGCUGGAUGGAUACGCAAAAGAGCUCACUGCGUGUAACGUUGAAAACUACAUACAAAAAAUUUUGCGGCGAAAGCAGGAAGAGGAAAGAGCGGCACACCGAGAGAAGCCUCAAGUCAUUAGCUCCCUUCCACCGUGGGCACGCAGUGGGAAUGCACAGAAGUCUACAACUGGCGCUGGCACGGGUGUUACCUACGGAUCCGCCAAUACUCUAGAGCAAGUCGACCCAAACGAUGAAGACGAGAUUAAAAGCGCAGUUUCUUGUCCAGUUUUGUCGAUGAAGUACGUCUGUAUGGAUCACAACGUUUCCAGAAUUUCGACUACCAAGGGGAAACAACGGAGUUUCAGUAGCAAUCAGGAUCGUGAGUUAGUCGACUCCAAGCAGUUUCUCGUUGUGGGUGUACCGGGCUAUCUUCUCUGCGUGAAUGCUUUCUCGUUCAAGAUCGAAGUUAUUCAUGAUUUUCAGCAUUCUCUCGAGGGAGAACGACAGCUGUUCGAUCCGAUUUGCGUUGCGAAAGACUUUUGCUUUUAUCAUCCACCACGGACUGAUACUCUGUACUGCGGUGUGAUAAGUGCUUUCCAACCCUGCUUCACGAUGCUGAGCACAGCAACAACGUCAUGCAGUCCGAAUAAUGGAAAUCAAGUUGAGGAAAAUGCUGUGACUAACCACCAGAUUUUACCUUGUCAAGAACGACCUGCAUCCAGUGUCAACAAUGAACGAGUGUCGGUAAUCCCAAGAGGCCCGCCUCCUAGGGACAGUGUACUGAAUAUGCCACCGCUAUCAGCAAAGAAGACACCACCUAAACGUUCAAAAAGCUCGGACAAAGCCGUCACAUUUCAUACGCGCAUCAAGUCGUCUGGGUAUGGUUUUUCAACUCCUUUCGACUCGAGACGAACACCACCAAAAUUGCUUACUAAAGCUCGUAGGUCACUGACCGAUAAUCGAGCGAAGACUUCGAAUUCAUCGACAUCGACAAGUUCUUACCUGAAGGAAUAUCCGACGAACUGUGGGCUGUUACAACAUUAUCAACCGAAACAUGCGCUGCCACCAAAAGCAUUGCAUCAAGGUGCAAUCCUACACAUCGAAUACUCAAGCGAUGCUAAGUAUCUUGCAACGAGUGGUAACGAUCGGGUAUCACAAGUGUGUAAGUUACCCUUUAGUCGAUUUGGUGGUGAAGGCAAUGUGCUUGUCGGACACGAUCAAGCAGUACGUGCCAUCCACUGGAGUCAGAACGAUCGAAUGCUAGUGACGGUAGGGAGUGACAAGACGAGUCGAGUAUGGCUAGCUGACAGUGACACGUCCUCUCUUACACUGCAAGGAAUCGCUCCACCUUCAGGUGUUGCCACUGCAGCAGCUGCGAUGGGAUCUAUGUCCAGUGCUAAGAAAGCUUCAAGACAGGAUAUCGUGGAGGCACGAUUCUUUUACAUGGAUAAGUUCCUGCUAUCGGCAUGCGGCAACAUUGCACGAUUGCAUCAAUUUAAGCUGGACGAAGUGUACGCUCGUGCUUCUAGUACCAACACAAAGCUUAUGAAGAAGAAGAACGAUGUUGAAGUCAUCGAGAACCAGAGUCGAAAGAAACGGGUUGCUCAAUGGAGUUUCGACGACAUGCAAAGCGUGACCAGUCUCGCCUGUGUGAAUGGAGCUUUCUUGUCGUCUGUAGCAGUAAUUGCUGGAACAGACCGCUCGCUACGGGUCUUGGACGUCGGUGCCGGCGGUGGCGGCCGUACUGUGCGCAUAAUCCGCGACGCACACAGUCGUGCUGCACACACGGUCGCAUUGGCUCGACCGACAUGCUAUGCGAGCCACCCCAGCAACUUCUACGAUCUCUUACUAAGCAGCGCGCCGGACAACACGACACAUUUGUGGGACAUCCGAGCUGAUAACUGCGUUAUGCGCUUCUGCGAGCACGUUAAUCGAGUGCACACACUGGGCGUUUCUUUUAGUCCUUGUAUGCGCUACGUGGCCACAGGGUCGGAAGACAGAACCGCAUACAUUUACGAUAUUCGCACAGGUCGACGCCUUGUCAAGCUCAAGGGCCACACUGACGUGGUCACUAGCGUAGCGUUCAGUCCUCUCUACCCACAGCUAGCUACAGCUUCAUACGAUGGCGCUGUUCGAUUCUAUAGCCAUGAGAAAUCCAAUUAAGUUUUACAAGAUGAAACUGCGCGAAUAUAUUUCAACACAAAAUGCAUUAGAACACA